AUGACUGGGAAGAAGAAGGAAGAGAGUCUAGUUGGCAGGGUGGAUGAAGAGCAGAUCAGGAGGAAAAAGCGAGAGGAUCGCCUGGAGAAGAUUCGCCAUAACAUUCAGUUAAAAUACGCAGCAAAGAGGAAGAGGUCUGAGGAGGAUGAGGCAAAGCGUCUGCUUCAGCUCAGCAAGGAGGUUCUUUCAGAGGGAGCUGGAGUGGAUGCUCUGGCGCAGCUGGAUCACAGUGAGGAGGAGCUGAUUCUUGCUGAAUAUGAGAGCGAUGAAGAAAAGAAAGCGGUAUCUGAGCUGGAGGAAGAUGACGAUGAUUUAGAAGAGGAGCAUGUGACUAAGAUUUACUACUGCAGCCGCACUCACUCCCAGCUGUCUCAGUUUGUGCAUGAGGUGCAAAAAAGUCCUUUUGGCAAAGAGACGCGUCUGGUCUCCUUGGGAUCCAGGCAGAACCUGUGUGUGAACGAGGAGGUGCGACGCUUGGGGGCUCUGCAGCUCAUCAAUGACCGCUGCAUGGAGAUGCAGAAGAACAAACAUGAAAAGAAGAGUGAUGAAGAUGUGGAAGGGAAGAAGAGACGUGUGAGUCGCGCUGUGUGCCCAUUUUAUUCCUGUGAGCAAAUGCAGUUUCUCCGUGAUGAAGUUCUAGUGGAAGUGAAGGAUAUUGAGCAGUUGGUGGCUUUGGGAAGAAGAAGACAUGCUUUUAGUGCCUCAGAGGAGAUUUGGAAGCUGGUGGUGCUGCCCUAUCAGAUGCUCUUGCAUGAGCCUACCAGGAAUGCUGCUGGGAUCAAGCUGAAGGACCAGGUUGUAAUCAUUGACGAGGCCCACAACCUCAUAGACACCAUCACCUGUGUCCAUAGUGCGGAGGUCAGUGGCUCUCAGCUGUGCUGUGCCCACUCCCAGCUGUUGCAGUACAUGGAGCGAUACAGGAAACGCUUGAAGGCAAAGAACUUGAUGUACAUUAAGCAGAUCCUGUAUUUGCUGGAGCAGUUUGUGGCUGUGCUGGGAGGUAAUGUGAAGCAGAAUCCUAACUGUCAGGCAGUUUCCCAAACAGGGACAGUGCUAAAAUCCAUCAAUGACUUCCUAUUUCAGAGCCAGACUGACAACAUCAACCUCUUCAAGGUUCGGCGUUACUGCGAGAAGAGCCUCAUCAGUAGGAAGCUUUUUGGGUUUGUGGAGCGAUAUGGAGGCCCUGCCACAGCUGUGAAGACCAACAAGGAGAACCAGAAGUUGGCUGGUUUGCAGAACUUUCUUCUGACCCUCCAGCAGGGAUCUGAUAAAGAGGCGGGUACUCUCCAGAGCCCUCCCACGGAGGCUGAGAGCAGCCAGCUCCGAGCUGGCUCUCCGCUGAUGCAGAUUGAAGGAUUUCUCUCAGCCCUCACGAAUGCAAACCAAGAUGGCCGAGUCAUUCUCAACAGGCAAGGCACGGUUGGUCAGAGCAGCCUUAAAUUCCUCUUGCUGAAUCCAGCUGUCCACUUUGCCAAAGUGGUGGAAGAAUGCCAUGCUGUGAUCAUUGCCGGGGGCACCAUGCAGCCGGUGGCUGAUUUCCGAGAGCAGCUGCUGUCCUGCGCUGGCGUGGACCCUGCGCGUGUUGUGGAGUUCUCCUGCGGACAUGUGAUCCCUCCGGAAAACAUUUUGCCCAUAAUCCUCUGCAGUGGUCCUUCCAACCAGCAGCUGGAGUUCACCUACCAGAGCAGAGACCUGCCCCAGAUGAUGGAUGAGACGGGUCGGAUCCUUUGCAACCUGUGCAACGUGGUCCCGGGGGGUGUGGUGUGCUUCUUCCCCUCCUACGAGUACGCGAAGCAGGUGUAUGCACACUGGGAGAAGACGGGGCUGCUCACCCGCCUGGCGACGAAGAAGAAGAUCUUUCAGGAGCCCAAGAAAGCCAACCAGGUGGAGCAGGUGCUGGUGGAAUACGCCAAGUGCAUAAAACGCUGCAGCCAGGCCGGAGGACAGAUGACGGGGGCCCUGCUGCUUUCUGUAGUUGGAGGCAAAAUGAGCGAAGGGAUCAACUUCUCCGACGACCUGGGAAGGUGUGUGGUUAUGGUGGGAAUGCCUUACCCCAACAUCAAAUCUCCAGAGCUCCAGGAAAAAAUGGCUUGGCUUGACAAAACAAUGCCCAGAGCCACCGGCCAGGCACCCAGCAGAGUGCUGAUUGAAAACCUGUGCAUGAAGGCAGUAAACCAGUCGAUAGGCAGAGCCAUUCGCCAUCAGAAGGACUUUGCCAGCAUCCUGCUCCUGGACCACAGGUACGCGCGCCCUGCCGUCUUCAACAAACUGCCGCAGUGGAUCAGGGAGAGGACCCAGGUGAAGCCUGCCUUUGGAUCAGCGUUCGCGGAGCUAAGAAAGUUCCAUCGAGGGAAGCUGGAUGCUUUGUGA